AUUCUUGGGCGACGUCGCGCGAGUGUCAUCUUGCAGGCGGGCGGCGUAGGGCGGCGCGCACAGCGACUGGUACGCGCUUCUGCCCACUUACCUGUACUGGUCGCAGAAACAAGGACUAAAAAGGAUAGAAAAAAAAAACAAACUGAUUAGUAAUUUACGUUAUAAAAUAAUAAUGAAAUUUUGAUUCAAGUAUGUAGUUACACACACUGGGUUUAUAUUUGAUCUAUUGGAUGUUAUCUCUUGUUUACUGGUGCUUGUUGUAAGGCGUGAAUGUUGCCUGAAAAUGACAGCGAAAGACAAUAAGGUGACGGCUAAUAGGAAACCUUUUUGACUUGAGACGAUCAUUGUACUCGCAUGAACUGUAGAUAGGUGUAUGUAUUUAUAUUCCAAAAUUAAGGCAGAUAGUAGGUACGCAGGUAAUAUUAUCUUUUGAACCAGUCAAAGCCUUCGCUUAGUCCAACUGCAUAAAAUUGUAAGAUCUGUUUAAAAUACAAGCAACUUGACUAGGUAUACGUUGGUGGGUAUUUAACAUGAUAUUCAAAAGACGGCAUUUAAGUUUUCUUUAUUCCUCCCCAAUUACAAAGCAAUUACAUAAUCCGUCCUUUUUUUGUAUACGCUACACUAAUCUAUUUUAGUAUAGCGAUGCCGAUGCUCGUUACAAAGGAGACAUCGUUCCAUAAUGGCAUGCCAUUGGGACUUGCGUGACUUGCCAUUUGCCUAGCUCUGCCUUUCGCAGGCCGCUCUUUGUCAAAGCGACUCCAGCCGGCGAGACAGAAGGAAGCCUCCGAAAUGACUUAACUAAGGAUCACUUACUCCUUAAAACAUGGAACAACCAAGCGCAUCCACAUCCAAUCAGGACCCACGUUUCGAUUUCAUAGGCUCCUACGCUGUCAAGUCACUCAAAUUAAAACCGGAGAAAUGGAUGAGGGUGCUGGGUUUAGAAGAACACAGAUCUACGCUAAAAGACUUCGUGGACAAACCAUACCCAAUGCUUCUGGUGGUGGUUUUAACAAACGCCCUGCAGUUAGUUCCUGUUAUAUCAUUUCCAUGUUACUUGAAGAACAAAGCCGUUUACUUUGUAAAGAAGAAACCUGAUGCCAUCCCGAAAGAAAACUGUGCAGAGAUGGUCAUAUUUGGUGAUUUAGCUCCACGGCUUAUAGAUGAACUAGCAUCACUAGUCGACGAGGUUUUUGUGCCUCUUCUGUCAAAUCCUCUUAACCAUGAAGGUUGGCCACUUGUCGUCUCCCAAGAUAUCCUCAAACAAAUUCAUAAUCUCAAGAGUACUGUGUAUGAGGUAAAAGGCAAAGUCAACGGCCAAACGGUUCUACCGAUGCCAGUUGGCGUGGAACUAGUCCACGAGGCUGAGAAGGACCUUCAUCGCGGCAAGGAGGUCGACUUGUACUUGAAGAGUGCUAUCGAAGGCGUGGUCAUUAAGUGGGCGCAGCAGAUCAAUGAUGUCAUGAUGGAGGAUUCCGCACAGGCCUUUGAGAAUGGACAGAAUCCACUUCCAAGUAUUGAACUAGCAUUUUGGAAAUCACGCCUGAGUAAUCUGAACUACAUUUACGAUCAACUCCGAACAGAAAGAGUGAGGUGUAUGGCGGUUAUUCUCGAGAAAACAACGUCAGCAUAUUAUCCCUGUUUCAGCAGACUAUUUAAGAAUAUCGUCUCAGCAUUGGCUGAAGCUCGCGAAAUCGACCUAUAUCUCCAAACCCUAGGAAAACAUUUCCAAGGUCUAGAAGAGAUAGACUUUACGGAGUGCCAGCCGCUGUUCAGACCUCUGUUCCACGUCAUCUGCAUGAUUUGGAGAGACUCCAAGUACUAUUGCAACUCGUCCAAACUCAUUGUGCUAUUGAGGCAGAUAUCAAACUUGCUUAUUCAUCAGGCCAAGAAGUGUCUCGAUCCAACUACGCUAUUCCACAGUGACAUAGAUGAAGCGACACUACGUAUUCAAGUUACAAUUAACAUCCUCAAAAAGUUUCGAGACACCUUCGAAUAUUUCAAAGAGAACUUAGCUAAAUACUUCGUAGACAGACGAGUGAUCCCUUGGACCUUUCACCCAAACGUUGUAUUUGAGAGACUAAAUAGAUUCCUAGAUAGACUCAACACCAUUCAGUGGUUCUUCAAAACUGUCCUCGAGUUCCAAAAAUUGGAGAAAAUUGAAAUUGGUGGAAUGAAAGGAAGAGUUCUUGGUGGUCAAAUAAGAGACAUCUCAGCUGAAUUCGACGCUUACUUCCACGGCUUCGCUUCAAAAUCUUACGAUGUCCUGGAUCCAGACGACAACACAUUCAAUGAAGACUUCAAAGACUUUCAAGAGAACAUAAUCGACUUGGACUUAAAACUUUCGACCGUUCUGGUGGAAUCAUUCGAUAAUUGCUCGACAUUAGAAUCGAUCUUCAAGCUCAUCGAUGUUGUUGGCUCGGUUUUGGAUCGACCUCUAAUCAGCAAAGAAUUUACAGCGAAGUAUGUCGAGAUCAUCGUUAUGCUUGAAACUGAAAUUGUAACAUGCGAAGAACUAUUUAUUGAACAAAGCAACCGUCUGGAGCGAUACGGUAUGAUGGAAGUGGAUGCCUUCCUGCCGCCCGUCGCCGGUGGACUUCUCUUCAUGAACACGCUAGCUGCGAGGAUCUCAAAGCCUAUAGCUAGCUUUCGCAAUUUGCCGCACCCGAUAAAGAAUACGGAUGAGGCAAAGAAAAUCUUUAUCAGACAUGAGGAAUUAAUAGAAAGGAUCAACGAGUUCAAGAAGAAAUAUUUCAAUGAGUGGACUUUGAAUGUUUCGAAGAUUAUUGAGGACACUACAAAUAAUAUGAUACUGGCCCGACAGGGUUCCGACCUAGUUUUGAAUUUUCACCCAAUGCUCUUAGACGUCCUUAAAGAAGUACAUCAUCUACGCAACAACGCAGAUGUCGCAGACAAUUUACCAAAAGAUGGUCUCCGGAUCUUUGAGAAGCAGGAAACGUAUCGACAGUAUCGCAUCAAUUUGGGAAUAACUAUUGAUUGGUACAAUCAGAUAAGAAAGAACAGUCAGAAAGUAGAAUUUGAUCUAGUUGAAGAGGAAAUAAAAGCUAUUGAUCAGAGGAUAGAAAUGGCACAACACGAAUUGAAUUGGAAUUCGCCAGAUCUGUGGAACUAUUUGCAAGAACUACAUAGAUUAGUUGGAAACUUAUUCGAAAGGAUGUCAAAAAUACAAGAUAAUUUGGUUGAAAUUAAAGACGUCAUGAAGGACUGGUCCUUACAGCCAUUGUUUGAAAGAAAAGAGGGUAAAAAGGAUACAUUAAUGAAUUUGGAAGAUCGACCAGAAAAGAAGGCCAAACGUUACGGAGAUAUAGAAGCAACAGCAAAACGUAUUAAUGAGCUUUUAAAUGAAAAUAUGCAGCUAUUUAACAUGCAAGACAAUCAGAACAGUCAGAUAUGGAUGAACUAUGUCGCUUUUGUUGACGCACUGCUAGAAGAAUCACUGUUCAAAACUAUUGCUUGCAGUUUGGGUUACAUAUCGGAACAUAUGAAUCCUAAAAACAAAUUGGCACCACUAUUUGAAGCGCAACUUGAACUCUUAGAUCCAGAUAUGGUAUUUGUUCCAAGUUUAGACCCGGCUGACGAAAAAGGGUUUACAGCGUUAAUCAAAGGUCUUAUUGAUGAUGUCUUAAACAUGGCAACGUUGAUAGAGAGGAUCGAUAAACAGAAAGAUCAAACGUAUGAAGGUGAAAUUGUUAGCAGUGAUGAAGUUAUUGAAAUGAAGGAGGAAAUUUUAAAUGGAAUCGAAAAGGUCAUAGAAGAUGCAAACGAAUUCUGCAAAACAUUUGAGAACUACUCCUAUUUGUGGCUUGAAGAAAGAGAUGCAGUAAUGGAAAUAUUCCUUACGUACGGCAGAAUUUUGACCCCAGAUGAAGUAGAUAAGUUAGUUGUAGAAGAAAAGGACAGAAUUGAGGGUGAGGGUCCCGUGCCUUGUCCGCCCAAAAUGGAAGGUUUCAGAGAACAAAUAGACCAUUACGAAAAUUUGUUUAUGGAGAUUGAAGAUAUGGAGCCCUACAAAGUUUUCAGCAAUUGGUUUCAGGUGGAUAUCAGACCAUUCCGUCAGGCUCUUCUAAACACUGUACGUAAAUGGGGAAAUAUGUAUAAAGAGCAUCUGGUGAACAACGUCACAUGUAGUCUGACUGAUCUUGGCAAUUUUAUACGGGAUGCAGACGAAGGCUUGCUCCAGCCAGUGCCCGAAGGUGACUAUGAGGCUCUCGUCAGAAUCAUGGGAUACCUGAUGAAUGUGAAAGAUAGGACAGUAACAACAGACGAUAUGUUCCAGCCUCUGACCGAAACCAUUGAGUUGUUGAAGUUCUAUGAUAUGGAUAUCCCUGAAGAAGUCAAUGUUCUCCUGCAGGAACUACCAGAACAAUGGCAAGCCACAAAGAAACUGGCACUCACAGUAAAACAGCAGGUAGCGCCACUGCAAGCAGCUGAAGUGUCAGGCAUCAGGAAGAAAAUAGCCACAUUUGAUAGCCACGUCACUUACUAUCGAGAAGUUUUCAAGAGAUAUGAGUUUUUCAAAUACGAUUGUGACGACCCUUACGAAGUUAUGUCUCGAGUUGACUUUGAACUGCUGUUCUUAGAAGAAGAGAUGAGAGGUAUCCAGGAGUCAGGAUCCUUGUUUGAAGUGAAUGUACCAGAGUUUAAACUGCUCAAACAAUGUCGAAAAGAAUUGAGGAUGUUGAAGCAACUUUGGGAUUACGUGUAUAUUGUAAGAACGAGCAUUGAAGAUUGGAAAACUACACCAUGGAGGAAGAUAGAUGUAGAAAAUAUGGACAUUGAAUGUAAGAAGUUUGCAAAAGAGAUCAGAUUGUUAGACAAGGAAAUGAGAAGCUGGGACACUUAUAUUAACUUGGAAGCAACAGUUAAAAACAUGCUGACGUCACUCCGCGCAGUCGGUGAACUACAGAACCCUGCUAUAAGGGAAAGACAUUGGGACCAACUCAUGAGCACAACCAAGAGCUUAGCAGCAUUACCACGUGAACUCACUGUAAGAAUCGUUAUGGACAUGAAUACAACCUUAGCAGAUCUACUGGCUCUUAACUUGCACGAAUGUGAGGAAGAAGUGAAGAAUAUAGUAGAUAAGGCUGUUAAAGAGAUGUCGAUGGAGAAAGUACUGAAGGAUUUGCAUACAACAUGGAGCCAUAUGGAGUUUGAACAGGAAGUCCAUUCGAGGACUCAGUGUACGUUGUUGAGGGCCAGUGAGGAGCUGAUAGAGACGCUGGAAGAAAAUCAGGUCCAACUACAAAACUUAAUAACAUCAAAAUUCAUAGCAUACUUCUUGGAGGAAGUGUCGGGAUGGCAACAGAAGUUGUCCAUAGCUGAUCAAGUCAUCACCGUCUGGUUUGAGGUUCAGAGGACUUGGACGCACUUGGAGAGCAUCUUCAUGAGUUCUGAGGAUAUUAGGAAACAAUUGCCGGAUGACUCGGCAAGAUUCGAUAGGAUUGAUGCGGAGUUCAAAAUAUUAUCUUCAGAAAUGGCAAAAACUCCAAACGUUGUGAAAGGUACAAAUAAAGAGGGAUUAGUAGAGCAACUUGACAUUUUACAGAAAGAUCUAAUUAUUUGUGAAAAAGCGUUAGCUGAGUAUCUGGAAACUAAGAGAUUAGCAUUUCCUAGAUUCUAUUUCGUAUCGUCUGCAGAUCUGUUAGAUAUAUUGUCGAAUGGCAAUCAAGCCGAUUUAGUAAUCAGGCAUUUAACGAAACUGUUUGACUCUAUCGCUCGUCUUAAAUUUAUAGAGAGUGAUGUACCGAGUGAUAGAGUAGCUUCUGGUAUGAUAGCCAAGGAUGGAGAGUUGGUGCCAUUUCAUGGUUCUUGUGAUUGUACAGGAGCUGUUGAGAUAUGGCUGAACAGACUGCAAGACAUGAUGCGAUCUACAAUCCGACACUACUUCGGAGAAGCCAUAGUUUCCUACGAGGAGAAACCGCGAGAGCAAUGGCUCUUCGACUUCAUGGCUCAAGUAUCCCUCUGUGGUUCCCAAAUCUGGUGGACGACAGAAGUCAACAUGGCUUUCGCGAGGCUAGAAGAAGGUUACGACAAUGCGUUGAAGGAUUAUUAUAAGAAGCAAUUGUCCCAGCUCAGUACUUUGAUCUCAUUGCUGAUAGGCGAGCUGACGAAGCAGGACAGACAGAAGAUCAUGACAAUUUGUACUAUAGAUGUGCACUCUAGAGAUGUCGUCAGUAAGAUGAUUCAGGGGAAGGUGGAGGCAGGGUCCGCGUUUCAAUGGCAGUCACAACUGAGGCACAGAUGGGGAGAAAAGGAAUAUCAUUGUUUUGCAAAUAUUUGUGACGCGCAGUUCACGUACAGCUAUGAGUAUUUGGGGAACACCCCGAGAUUGGUCAUCACCCCUCUCACCGAUCGAUGUUACAUCACACUGACACAGUCGUUACAUUUAAUCAUGGGUGGAGGUCCAGCGGGGCCGGCUGGUACGGGCAAAACUGAGACCACCAAAGAUUUAGGAAGAGCUCUGGGCAUCAUGGUGUAUGUCUUCAACUGUUCCGAACAAAUGGACUAUCAGUCUUGCGGCAACAUAUACAAAGGACUAGCUCAAACAGGAGCGUGGGGUUGUUUUGAUGAGUUCAACAGAAUCUCCGUUGAGGUACUCUCCGUCGUUGCUGUACAAGUCAAAUCUGUUCAAGAUGCCAUAAGAGACAAAAAACAGAAGUUCAAUUUCAUGGGAGAAAUCAUAUGCUUGGUUCCAUCAGUUGGCAUAUUCAUCACGAUGAACCCUGGUUAUGCCGGCCGUACUGAACUGCCAGAGAAUUUAAAGGCUUUAUUCAGACCGUGUGCUAUGGUCGUACCUGACUUUGAAUUGAUUUGUGAGAUCAUGUUGGUCGCUGAAGGUUUUCAGGAAGCUAAGAUUUUGGCGAGGAAGUUUAUUACGCUAUAUACGUUGUGUAAAGAGCUGCUUUCGAAACAAGACCAUUACGAUUGGGGGUUGAGAGCGAUUAAGUCUGUACUUGUCGUUGCUGGGUCUUUGAAGCGAGGUGAUCCAGGCAGACCAGAAGAAGAAGUACUUAUGAGAACUCUACGAGAUUUUAACAUACCGAAAAUAGUGACAGACGAUAUGCCAGUAUUCAUGGGUCUAAUCGGAGAUCUAUUCCCCGCCUUAGAAGUACCAAGAAAACGUGAUUUAGAAUUUGAGAGGACAGUCAAACAGGCUGCAAUGGAUCUCUCGUUACAGCCAGAAGAUAACUUUAUUUUAAAAGUGGUACAAUUAGAAGAAUUACUCGAAGUGAGACAUUCAGUUUUUAUAGUCGGUAACUCCGGUACUGGGAAAACUCAAGUAUGGAAGACACUCUUCAAAACUUACCAGAAUCUUAAAAAGAAACCUAUAUUCAAUGACUUGAAUCCUAAAGCAGUAACUAACGAUGAAUUAUUUGGUAUCAUUAAUCCGGCUACGAGAGAAUGGAAGGAUGGUCUACUGUCGGUCAUUAUGCGAGAUCAGGCGAACUUAGCUGGUGAUAAUCCAAAAUGGAUAGUACUUGACGGAGACAUUGAUCCUAUGUGGAUUGAAUCUCUAAAUACUGUAAUGGAUGAUAAUAAGAUAUUGACGCUGGCCAGUAAUGAACGGAUAGCACUAACUCCAGUUAUGAGACUUAUGUUUGAAAUUUCAAACUUGCGUACCGCGACCCCUGCUACUGUGUCCAGGGCUGGUAUAUUAUAUAUCAAUGCACAGGAUUUAGGAUGGAAUCCAUACGUAACAAGCUGGGUAGAAACAAGAAAAAUCCCAGCAGAAAAGUCCAACCUAGUCAUCCUAUUUGAUAAAUACAUACCUUCAUGCCUAGAGACAGUUCGGACCAGGUUCAAGAAGAUUACUCCUAUCGUGGACAUGGCGCAUGUGCAUAUGCUAUGCCACUUAUUAAACUGUCUGCUAGUACCUGAAAAUACUCCAGCGGAAUGCCCUAAGGAAUGGCAUGAUAUCUUCUUCGUGUUUGCUUGUGUCUGGGCGUUUGGGUCUGCCAUGUUUCAAGAGGCUAGUGUUGACUAUCGAAUCGAGUUUUCAAAAUGGUGGAUGAAUGAAUUUAAGACGGUUAAAUUCCCUGCUGGUGGGACCGUGUUUGAUUUCUACAUAGAUCAUGAAACAAAGAAAUUUACUCCUUGGACUGAAAAGAUUCCGAAAUUUGAAUUGGAUACCGAUAUUCCCUUACAGGCUGUACUUGUGCCGACAGCAGAAACGAUAAGAAUACGCUUCUUCCUAGACUUGCUGAUGAAAAAUAAGCACCCUGUGAUGUUGGUAGGGUCAGCGGGCUGUGGCAAAACUGUCUUGGUUAAUGAGAAAUUACAAACCUUAUCAGAAAGUUACGCAAUACAAUCGGUACCAUUCAACUUCUACACAUCAUCGGAGAUGCUACAAAAGAUUCUAGAGAAGCCUUUAGAAAAGAAAGCAGGUCGAAACUACGGACCGCCGGGAAACAAAACACUGAUAUACUUCAUCGAUGACAUGAAUAUGCCUGAGGUGGAUGCAUACGGAACCGUCCAACCUCACACAAUAAUACGACAGCAUAUGGACUAUGGGCACUGGUACGAUCGAACCAAGCUGUCUUUAAAAGACAUUCAUAACACGCAAUACGUGUCUUGCAUGAACCCUACUUCAGGCAGUUUCACUAUAAAUCCGAGGCUGCAAAGACAUUUCUGUGUGUUUGCCAUCAGUUUCCCGAACGCUGAAGCGCUCAAUAAUAUUUAUCAUUCGAUUUUGAGCCAGCAUUUGGCUAACCCAGAGUUGAGGAUCAAUCCGCAGAUUGCAAAAUUAUCUGCGAACGUGGUGAUGGCUACGAUAACAUUACAUAAUAAAAUAUCUCAGGUCUUUCUGCCUACAGCGAUCAAAUUCCAUUACAUUUUCAAUUUAAGGGACUUAUCGAAUGUAUUUCAGGGUUUCCUCUUUAGUACCAAUGAAUGCUUAGAAAAUACAUCUGAUAUUCUCAGACUAUGGUUGCACGAAACAAGUCGAGUGUACGGCGACAAGUUGACAGAAGAAAAAGAUAUUGACGCAUUCCUCAAAGUGCAGGUUGAUCUUUGUAAGAAAAACUUUGAGGAUAUAGACGAAGGCGUAGUAUUCGAGCGACCAAACAUAUACUGCCAUUUUGCUGGCGGUAUCGGUGAGCCAAAGUACAUGCCUAUCAUGAACUGGGAUCAAUUGAACAAACUGCUGACGGAAGCCAUGGCCAGUUAUAACGACCUGAUAGCGGCUAUGAACUUGGUGCUUUUUGAGGAUGCUAUGAUGCAUAUUUGCAGAAUAUCUCGUAUACUUGAGAGUCCAAGAGGCAGUGCGUUGCUGGUAGGCGUGGGUGGCUCUGGCAAGCAGUCUCUAUCACGACUGGCUGCAUUUAUAUCAAGUUUGGAAGUGCUGCAGAUUCAACUGAAGAAAGGAUAUGGCGUGUCUGACUUAAAGAAUGAAUUAAAUCAGUUAUACAUAAAAACUGGCCUUAAGAACGUUGGCAUAAUGUUCCUCAUGACUGACGCUCAAGUGGCUAAUGAACAGUUUCUGGUCUUAAUUAACGAUUUAUUGGCGUCUGGCGAAGUUGCUGACCUGUUCCCUGAUGAUGAAAUGGAAAAUAUCAUAGCUGGUGUCAGGAAUGAGGUAAAAGGCGCAGGCCUACCAGACACUCGAGAGACUUGUUGGAAGUUCUUCAUUGACAGAGUCCGGAAGCAAUUGAAAGUAGUGCUCUGUUUCUCACCAGUAGGGUCUACUCUCAGAGUGAGGUCGCGAAAAUUCCCGGCUCUUAUAAACUGUACUUCAAUUAACUGGUUCCACGAAUGGCCGCAAGAGGCGCUGGUGUCUGUAGCUAUGAGGUUUUUGGAGGAGUUGCAUAAUUUGCCGGUAACACUAAGAGACUCAAUAUCAAGAUUCAUGGCGUACGUCCACACAUCAGUAAAUACGAUGUCUAAAGCUUACCUAGCCAACGAGAGGCGAUACAACUACACCACCCCGAAGAGUUACCUGGAACAAAUUAGCUUAUACGCCAAACUUGUCAAUAAUAAAACGGAUGAACUGCGUGCUAAGAUUAUUAGGCUUGAAAAUGGUCUUGAGAAGCUACGUUGUACGUCAUGCCAAGUGGAUGCACUGAAAGAAAAAUUAGCCGUGCAGGAAAUUGAGUUACACCAGAAGAACGAAGCCGCUGACAAACUUAUUGAAAUGGUCGGCGUUGAGACUGCUAAAGUGCAAAGCGAGAAAGCGCUUGCCGACGAAGAAGAAGAGAAAGUAGCAGUAAUAGCCGAAGAAGUAACAAAGAAACAGAAAGAUUGCGAAGAGGAUUUAAUAAAGGCUGAGCCUGCGUUGGUAGCGGCCCAAGAAGCUUUGAACACACUGAACAAGUCCAACCUCACUGAGUUGAAGUCGUUCGGUUCACCGCCCGGCGCUGUGACUAAUGUGACUGCGGCCGUGAUGGUGCUACUGGCUCCAGGAGGGAAGAUACCGAAGGAUAGGAGCUGGAAAGCUGCUAAGGUGGUCAUGGCAAAAGUAGAUGUGUUUCUUGAUUGCCUAAUAAACUACGACAAGGAAAAUAUACAUCCAGAUGUAAUCAAAGCUAUUCAACCUUAUUUAAAAGAUUCGGAGUUUGAACCUGAGUUUGUAAGAUCAAAAUCGGCUGCAGCUGCUGGUCUUUGUGCUUGGGUUAUUAACAUUAUUAAGUUUUACGAAGUAUUCUGCGAUGUUGAACCCAAAAGGAAAGCUUUGGCUGCUGCCAACGCUGAGCUCGCUGCUGCGACAGAGAAAUUAAGAUUAAUCAAAUGUAAAGUUGCGUCCUUAGAAGAAAUGUUGGCGACAUUAACAGCUGACUUCGAGAAAGCCACAUCAGAGAAAAUGAAGUGCCAGAACGAAGCCGACGCUACGAAUGCCACCAUCCAACUUGCUAACAGACUGGUUAACGGGCUGGCUAGUGAAAAUGUCAGAUGGGCUGAAGCUGUUUCGAGUUUAAUGCAACAAAGUACGACAUUGCCUGGAGAUGUCCUCCUUGUGUGUGCCUUCAUAUCAUAUGUGGGUUGCUUUACGAAGCAGUUCAGAUUGGACCUGUUGCAUAAAAACUGGCUCGUAUUCUUAAAAACGUUGGAGCCGCCGAUCCCAAUAACAGAAGGCCUGGAUCCCCUUUCGAUGCUGACAGAUGACACCACCAUAGCGAUGUGGCAAAACGAGGGUCUGCCUUCUGACCGCAUGAGUACAGAGAACGCAACUAUAUUGUCUAACUCUGAUAGAUGGCCACUUAUGAUUGAUCCUCAGCUACAAGGUGUAAAAUGGAUCAAACAGAAGUAUGGCGAUGCUCUACAGGUAAUAAGAUUAGGACAGAAGGGUUAUUUAGAUACCAUAGAGAAAUCCAUUAUUAAAGGUGAUACAGUACUUUUGGAGAAUAUUGGCGAGACUGUGGAUCCUGUACUAGACCCGCUACUUGGAAGGAAUUUAAUAAAGAAAGGGAGAGCCAUCAAAAUAGGUGACAAAGAAGUGGAAUACAGCCCAAAUUUCAGACUAAUCUUACACACGAAACUAGCCAACCCUCAUUAUAAACCAGAAAUGCAGGCUCAAACUACCCUGGUCAACUUCACAGUCACUCGAGAUGGUUUAGAAGACCAGCUACUGGCAGAAGUAGUGAAAGCAGAAAGACCAGAUUUAGAAGAGCUAAAAGCUGAGUUGACGAAACAGCAGAAUCAGUUCAAGAUCCAAUUGAAGUCGUUAGAGGACGAUUUGCUUUCGCGUUUGUCCUCAGCUGGUGAUGAUAUCCUUGGUGAUACAGCUUUGGUAGAAAACUUGGAGACUACGAAGAAGACUGCCGCUGAUAUUGAAAAGAAAGUUGCUGAAGCCAAAAUUACUUCGCGUGAGAUAGAUGUGGCUCGUGAGUUCUAUCGGCCCGCCUCAGCGAGAGCAUCAUUAUUGUACUUUAUUUUGAACGAUCUUAAUACCAUCAAUCCCAUAUACCAGUUUUCGUUGAAGGCCUUUAGCGUAGUGUUUCAAAAGGCGAUAUCCCGCGCGGAGCCAGCGGACGAGGUCAGCCAGCGCAUCAGGAACCUCAUCGACUGUAUCAGCUUCUCCGUCUACCAGUACACCUCACGAGGACUCUUUGAAUGCGACAAACUUAUAUUUGCCUCGCAAAUGACCUUUCAGGUACUCUUAAUGAGUGAAGAGAUAUCAUCAGUGGAGCUGGACUUCUUCCUUCGUUUCCCUAUAAAGCCUCACGUCACCAGUCCAGUAGACUUCCUAUCCAACUCGAGUUGGGGCGGCAUCUGCUCUCUCGCUGGUAAAGAGGAGUUUAGGAAUCUGGAUAGAGAUAUUGAAACUUCUCCUAAGAGGUGGAAGAAGAUCGUAGAGGUUGAAUGUCCGGAGAGAGAGAAAUUUCCUCAGGAAUGGAAAAACAAAACGCCUUUGCAAAGACUUUGUAUGUUAAGAGCUCUGAGACCGGACAGAAUGACAUAUGCAGUUGCAGCCUACAUUGAGGAGAAAAUGGGUGCCAAAUAUGUUGAAAAUAGAACCGUCGAAUUCAGCAAAUCUUUCGAGGAGACCAGUUCCACGACACCCAUAUUCUUCAUCCUAUCUCCUGGAGUUAAUCCACUGAAGGACGUGGAGGCUUUAGGAAAGAUCAUGGGAUAUACGGCAGACAACGGGAACUUCCAUAAUGUAUCGCUCGGUCAAGGUCAGGAGAUAGUGGCUGAACAGGCGAUGGAAGUCGGCGUGCAGAAAGGGCAUUGGGUUGUUUUGCAGAAUAUUCACUUAGUAAAGAAAUGGCUUCCGAGUCUUGAGAAGAAGAUGGAGAGUUUUGCCACGGGUUGUCACGAUGACUUCCGACUGUUCAUGUCAGCUGAGCCAGCGGCCACGCCUGCCGCUCAUAUCAUACCGCAGGGGAUAUUGGAGUCCAGUAUCAAGAUCACUAAUGAACCUCCCACUGGAAUGCAGGCAAAUAUCCACAAAGCCCUGGACAACUUCAAUCAAGAAACUCUGGAGAUGUGUGGUAAGGAAGCAGAGUUCAAAGCGAUCCUGUUCGCUCUUUGCUAUUUCCACGCUGUCGUUGCUGAGAGGCGCAAGUUUGGUCCUCAGGGAUGGAAUAAAAUAUAUCCUUUCAAUGUUGGUGAUUUAACUAUAAGCGUAUUCGUCUUAUACAAUUACCUGGAAGCUAACUCGAGGGUGCCUUGGGAGGACCUGCGUUACCUCUUCGGAGAGAUUAUGUAUGGAGGUCAUAUCACUGAUGACUGGGAUCGGAGACUGUGCAAUGCUUAUCUAGAAGAACUCAUGCAGCCUGACCUAGUUGACGGUGAACUCCAACUAGCCCCAGGUUUCCCCGCACCUCCUAACACAGACUACGUGGGCUACCACCAAUACAUAGAAGAUGCCAUGCCAGCUGAGUCCCCGUACCUAUACGGUUUACAUCCAAACGCUGAGAUCGGUUUCCUUACCACGACAUCGGAGAAUCUCUUCAGGACCAUAUUUGAGAUGCAACCGAGAGAUGCCCAAGCGUCCGGCGCUGCUACUGUUACUAGGGAGGAGAAGGUAAAACAAAUGUUAGACGAAAUCAUUGAAAAAUUGCCAGAGGAAUUCAACAUGACAGAAAUUAUGGGAAAGGUUGAGGAAAGGACCCCAUACGUUAUCGUAGCCUUCCAAGAGUGCGAGCGGAUGAACUAUCUCACGGGGGAGAUGAAAAGGUCACUCAGAGAACUGGAUUUGGGUCUAAAGGGUGAAUUGACUAUUACAUCGGACAUGGAGGAUUUAGAAAAUGCUUUGUUCUUAGACCAAGUACCAGCAAUUUGGGCCAAUCGUGCUUACCCCUCCCUACUUGGACUAUCAGCUUGGUUUGUGGACCUAACUCUAAGAUUACGUGAGCUCGAAACUUGGGCAACAGAUUUCGUCCUGCCAGCAUCAGUCUGGCUGGGUGGAUUCUUCAACCCUCAAAGUCUGCUGACAGCGAUCAUGCAAAGCACAGCUCGGCGAUACGAACUGCCUCUCGACAAGAUGUGUCUGCAGUGUGACGUCACUAAGAAAAUGAAAGAGGAAUUCACGUACUGGAUCGCUGACACAAGGACAGCACCGCGAGAUGGCGCCUUCGUGCACGGUCUGUUAAUGGAAGGAGCGCGAUGGGAUCAGCAAUCUGGCAUCAUUAUGGACUCCAAGCUCAAAGAUCUCUUUCCCCCCAUGCCAGUGAUAAAUGUUAGGGCCAUAACCCAAGACAAACAGGAUCUCAGGAACAUGUAUGAGUGUCCGGUAUACAAGACGCGGACCCGAGGUCCUACUUACGUUUGGACCUUUAACUUGAAAACUAAAGACAAACCUUCUAAGUGGAACUUAGCGGGAGUGGCGUUGUUACUACAGAUAUAGCUUGUUGUUGACUUAAAUAUAUAUAGUUGUUGCAG